CAGGAAAUUUGAAAAUUUCACAUAUUUAUUUUAAUUAUUUACACUGAUAUACAAAUAAAACUACAGUUAUCGAUAGUUAUAGUACAUACCUAGUUCACAACGAAAAAGAAUAUAAAAUAUCUUAUUUUCGGUGUGCUUAUAGCCUGCUGACCCAAAAUAAGGUCAAAGGUAUCUAAAACAAUACUUACCGAUCUUCAUCCAAGGGAAAUUUCGCCAUAAAAUCCCUUAUUUCGUGAUUUUCUCGAGUGGCUCGGUUGCUACAUGUUUCACACUUAGUAAACCGUUUUCUCGCUGGCAUUGUAACAAACUCGCUCUUUACUCUGAAUAAGGGUUGACUAUUUUCGAUUUUUUCAUUAAAUAAUAAAGCAAUUACACGAAAUACCCGAACAAAACAUUAAAGCCUUCAUAACAAAUAAAACAAUUAGGCUGACAGUUGACUUGAUGUAUACUUGACAGAAUAAAUAGCACUGACGUUUUCUUUUUCUUCGUUGGCAAUGAUUUGCGAAACAAACUCCAUACAAAACUUUUUUUGUUCCUAGUUGCGUCAGCCUGCUCUCAUCCACCAAUUUGCCGUCAGUCGGAUCGACAUGUCAUUUGAGUAAAUUGGUGGAAGAAAAAUAUAAACUAUGCCGACAUGCGUGGUCAAGUGUUGUAAGAAUUAUACAGAUCGGACGAAAAAAAGAGAUGGGAUAACUUUUCAUAGGGUUCAUAAAGAUGAUAAAUAUUGGACAAAUCGUCUUGUCAAAAUAAUAAGAAAAUGCAGAUAUGACAACGAUUGGGUUCCUUCCAAAUCAAGUGUGAUCUGCAGUGUACAUUUUGAUGAUAAUGACUUUUAUACAACAAAACAUGGACGUCGAUACCUUGUCAAUAACGCAUUGCCAAAAAAGUUUUUGGAGUUAUCGAGCCGCCAAGAAGGAACCAUAGUUGUAACAAAUUGUUUUCAAACGAAUAUAUUAGUAUCAACAAUAGAACCUGCGGAAUUAAAUCCUAGUGUCGUGAAAUUAGAGCAACUUCACACUUCUGGCCACUAUGACACUUCACCCGAAUUAUUACCUGAACCAAAGCUGGAGCUAGAGAACACAUUCAUACAGGAAGAACAGACUUCCAACCUGGAAUGUACCAUAGAUUUACAAGGGCCAAAGCUGGAGCCAGAGAGCACAUUCAUAGAGGAAGAACAAAUUUCCAUCUCGGAAACUACCAUAGGUUUACAAGAGCCAAAGCUGGAGCCAGAGAGCACAUUCAUAGAGGAAGAACAAAUUUCCAUCUCGGAAACUACCAUAGGUUUACAAGAGCCAAAGCUGGAGCCAGAGAGCACAUUCAUAGAGGAAGAACAAAUUUCCAUCUCGGAAACUACCAUAGGUUUACAAGAGCCAAAACUAGAGUCGGACAGCACAUUCAUAGAGGAAGAACAAACUUCCAUCUCGGAAACUACCAUAGCUUUACCACAAAGUUCGUGCAUAGCUAUGGUACCUGCUACGAACAAACCUUCACCAACACAAUCAUUUGUACCUUUCAGAAAUUUGGCGUUUUUACAACAAGUGAAGCCUGUUGAAGAAGCGUCAGAUAUUAAUAUUGAAAAUCCUUUAUCUGUUCUAUACCCUCCCAAGGAACAAUUUAUUAAAGAAGCUUUUAUCAAGAAAGAAAUUACAAUUAGAAAACUACGGCAGCAAUUAAGGUCUGCCAACCAAAGAAUCAAACGACUGCAGUCAAAGAAUGAAACUUUAAAAGAAUUUAUUAGAAGUUUUAAGAAAAAUGUAUUAAACAGAAAAUAAAAAAGUAUUAAUAAAGAAUUUGUCUUUUAUUUAACUCUCCAG